AUGAGUGAAGAGAAGGAAGAGGCCUCGUUCAGUAUACUCACAAUUUAUGAUGAACCAGAGAAGAGGAGGAAUGUGCCCGAGAGCCCCGGCAUUUCCUCCCAGCACGAGCACCAUGCACAGUCCCAGCUGGGCGAAGCGUGUGGUCCCCCCGAGCAGCUCCCACGCUACCCGAGGCAGCAUGACCUGGCUUAUCAGGAGAUGAGCUGUGUGAGUCCACAGCAGUGGGCCCCGCAGGCCCUGGACAGAUCUGAGCUGCAGGCCACUCAGCUCUCCGAGGCAGAAUCAGAAGAAGCAGAGCCUGGCCUCAGCUCCCCACCAGGAUCCGAGGUCGAUGAAGUGGUGGUCAGGCAGAUGACCCCACAUAAGUCCUGGAAGGUUGGCAAACUCCGCCAUGGAAAGAAAGUCCACUCCCUGGCCAUCAGCAGCUCUACUCACCACGUGUACACGUGCGGCCAUGGCUACAUCAGGGUGUGGGAUGAGAGUGCCCUGCAUGCCUGGGACCACGCCCCCCAGGCCCAGCUGAACUUACAGGACCGUCAGAACUGUGUCCUCACCUGCAAGCUGUCCCCCGAUGAGCAAAGCCUGAUCACGGGGGGUCUGUCCCAGACCCUGACUCUCUGGGACCUGGCGCCCACCCCUCGCAUCAGGGCACAGCUGGCCUCCACAGGCCCCAUGUGCUAUUCCCUGGCUGUCUCCUCCAACGCCCAGAUCUGCUUGGCUUGUUUCAAAGGAUUUGUUGAGAUUUGGGAUUUGCAGAACCAAAUCUUGAUCAGGACUAGGAAGCACGAAGUCCCCAUGUACGGGUCCCGAUGUGUGGACAUCACGGGCAAUAAAUUCUGGACGGGAGGUGAAGACACCAGACUGUAUUCCUGGGACCUGAGGAACUACCAGAGGCUCCAGCAACAUGAUUUACAGCAUGAGGUGCCCGGACGGCUGCGGCUGUGCUGA